AUGCCUUUUCCCAAAAAACUUAUCCCUUUUGCUUCGGUCCUGACGGUGGUUGUGGUGGUGUUAAUUUUCAAACCUUUGUUUCUCAAUAUUGGAAUUGGAAGUGGAUGGGCGCCGACGAAAUUUGGAAAGGAGUUGGGAGCGGGACCCGGUCGAUGGCAUGAUGAUAUACGGUUAUAUGGGACGAAAUGGAGGACGAUGCAGGAACCGCAAAAGGCGAUAUCGUUUCAUGCUGGGGUGGUGAAGCCAUUUCCUGCGACAUAUUCGAAGAUGCUUGUUAUCGCUAGCACGAAGGCAGAAGAUGUGAAUUGGGUGAGAGAGAACUUCGAACUUGGUUCCGGGGUGCAGUCUACUAUAUAUACGGCGGAUGACCUGACGGCGGAAUUUCAUCCCCCGAGGAAUAAGGGUCAUGAGGUUAUGAUAUAUCUUUCGUAUAUCAUUGAGCAUUAUAAUAAUCUUUCGGAUGUGAGCAUCUUUAUGCAUUCUCAUCAAUUGGCAUGGCACAACAAUGAACUUCUGGAUCUCGAUGCUGCGCAAAUGAUCUCGAGACUCUCUUCCGAACGUGUGAUUCGAGAAGGUUAUAUGAAUCUGCGAUGUCAUUGGCAUCCCGGGUGUCCGGAUUGGAUGCAUCCUGGAAUUGUGGAGGAAGAUGAUAAUAAACAAGAGCAGACGAUCAUGGCGAGAGCUUGGGUGGAACUUUUCCCACUUGAACCGGUUCCAAAUGUACUUGCGCAACCUUGUUGCGCGCAAUUCGCGGUUUCAAAAGAAAGAAUUCGAACUCUGCCACUGGCUAGAUAUAUUUUCUAUCGAAAUUGGUUGUUGAAAACGGAGUUGUCGGAUUUUAUAAGUGGGAGGGUGUGGGAAUAUCUUUGGCAAUUUGUUUUCUCGGGACAAACAGUACUAUGUCCAAAAGAACAUGUGUGCUAUUGUGAUGGAUAUGGUAUAUGCUUUGGGGGAGAAAUGGAAUAUCAAGCCUAUUCGGAUAAUCAAACGGAAAAGGACUACCUGAAUACUCAAAUCGAGGAAUGGAAUACCCGAAAUGAAAAGAUGCAGAACUUGAUUGAUGAAGGAAGAGAAGAGGAAAUGGAGAAUAUGGAGAAACCCGAUGCAGCAAUCAAGGAAAAACUAGAGAGAGAGGUCAAUGAAAUCCAACGCUGGCUCGAUAUCACCAAAGAAGAAGCAAUGCAACGUGGUGAUGUGGCACCUAAUAGAGCGAAAGAAGCUGGUAGAGGUUGGAAAAAUGGGGAUGGAUUUUGA